CACCGGGAAUAAAGUAAGAUGGCGGCCGCCAAGCGUGUUUUGUACGUUGGUUAGUGUUCCCGUUUAUAUUAAUAAUAUUCUCUUUGAUUCUAUUUACAGUGAGGGGAGGGUGUGGCUUAGUUUAGCUCACACGACAUUUGACAAUGAAGAUACUGUGUUAUUAUCAUUAUAGCUUGGUUUAUAUGUUAUCAGUUGCACUUUGUGUGCAUGUAGCUAUUCACAUUGACAGCAAACAGCGCUGUAUGUUGUGGGCUAUAACUUGCAGCGGGGAAAUGGUUACUUUACUUUUAACAGCCUUGGGGGUUUGAGGUAAUAGCUGAAGUAGUGAAGUGGAAGCAUUGCUGACUUGGACAGUUUGUUUUUUUUGACAUUUUUGCAUUAAAGGGACACUAUAGGCCACCAGACCUCUUCAUCUCAUUGAAGGGGUCUGGGUGCAGUGUCCCUGUCCCACUUAGUUUUUGAGAAAUUGCAAUGAUUACAUUGCUGGACUAAGACAGCCUCCAGUGGCUCUGAAUUAGACAGCCACCAAAGGAGUUUCCGGGGUUCAAAUGGACUCUGAGUCCCUUAAGCGACAGUGGACAUUCAGUAUCGGUGAAUUCCCCAGGGGAAAGAAUUAAAGGACCACUAUAGUGCCUAGAAAACAAAAUCGUUUUCCUGGCUCUAUAGGGUUUUUCGGACCCACUCCCGCCGGGCUGAUGGGGGAGGAAGGGGUUAAAUUCUUACCUUUCUUCAGCGCCGGGCUCCCUCGGUGCUGGGGAUCUCUCCUCCCUCUUCCGACGACAUGCGCUGAAUGCGCAUGCGUGGCAAGAGCCAUGCGCGCAUUCAAUCAGUCCAUAGGAAAGCAUUUCUCAAUGCUUUCCUAGGCGUCUUCUCACUGUAAAAAUCACAGUGGGAAGCGCCUCUAGCGGCUGUCAAUGAGACGGCCACUAGAGGCUGGAUUAACGGUAGUGUAAACAUAGCAGUUUCAGAGAAAAUACUAUGUUUACAGCUGCAAGGUUUACCAUAGAUGGACCUUGCACCCAGACCACUUCAUUGAGCUGAAGUGGUCUGGGUGCCUAUAGUGGUCCUUUAAGGCAAUGUUUUCCUUUGGGAUGGGCCUAAUGCACUCGAUGUGCAUGCGCAUUAGGUACCUAGUAGGAGGUCGCAGAGUGCUGACAUCAGCACUGAAAUUGGUUAAGUGACUUAAAAAAAAAAUUCCUUUAAACUGUUUAUAUGCCAGAUGGUGUGCUACGAAGGAGGUGGGGGCAGAGGGCACUAUAGUGUUAGGAAUACAGAUUUGUAUUCCUAACACUAUAGAAUCCCAAUCCAAAAUAUUCCCUCGAAGUACAGGGAUGUGUAUAACAAAUGAGUGCCAAGGCAUGAAUAAAAAAAAAAUAAAAAGCAGCUCUAUACACUUAUGUGGAAAUAUCCUCUGAUCCACAAGAAAUAUAACAACGGUGUGAGUGAGAAACAAACACCUCUAAGUGGAGCGCUGGAAUAAAUAUACAGAACUUACCAAACUAUUCUAUGUUGGAAGUUUAGCAUAAAAUACAUGUAAAAAGAACAAAGGGUACAGUAUAGUGCAGACGGUUUUUAAAAAGUGGGGUUUAAUAUGUAGUGUAGCAGAGAAAAUACUCACAUUUAAAGGAGCCUGUGUAUAGGUACUGGCUCCUUAAUCAGACCUAUGUGCUCUUAUGGCAGCACCACCUUUCCGCUUCAGCUUGCAAUGAUCCUCAUUAACAAGACAUAAGGGGAGGAGGAGGACCAAUGUGUAGACUGUAAUAAUAUCAGAUAGAAAUAUGCAAUAAUAAAUGGGGUGCUCACCUAGUUCUGAGCCUACUGGUCCCGGCUCUAAGGUAUACAGGUUCUGUGCCAAUUUGGAUGGGGAUGGCACUACCCAUAUGAAGAUUCCCAGAGGCUCCAAGGAAGGACUUGCUUAGGAUGUGUGGAUUAAAAAUAAAAUGUAUUAUUGUACAAUGGCAAAUUUAAAAGUGGAUAUAAUAUAAUAAAAAGUCCUUUAAAAUGGCCAAUACUAUAGAAUCCCUUUAGGGACGGUGGGUGUGCUAUGCCGUCCUCGGGGACCUGGCACGUUUAGUGGUGGGCGGCAUAGCACAUCCCCGCCGUUCUAUGUACUUGCAGUCGAUUGUGGUGGUCUUGCUAUGUACUUGCUGUUGUUCUGGCCCUCGUGGGCCAUGUGAUCGCGAGGUCCUGGCGAGGACCUCAUGAUCACAUGGACGGAACAGCCGUCCACAGCAGUGCCAGCAGGGUACAUAUGUACAUAUAUUAAUAUAAAAAUACUUAUAAUUACAUUUUUUAAAUAUAUUUAUAUAUAUAUAUAUAUAUUAUAAAAUAUAAAUAAGUAAUUUAAAUUAAAUAAAAAAAUGUAAAAAAAAAAAAUUAUAUCAAAAUACACUUAGAAUGAAAUUUCAUAGAUAUAAAUAUAUAUAUUAAUAUCAAAAUACACUUGGAAUGAAAUUGUGUAUAUAUAUAUAUCUAUGUAUAUAUAAAUAAAAAUACGAAAUAUACAUAUGUCCAUAUACAAAAUUACAUAAAUAAAUAUACACGUAGACUUCAAAUAUAUAAAUAUGCAUAUAUAUUUAAAUUCUACGUGCGUAGUUAUGUAAUAUUUUUACAUAAUUAAGUAAUUUUAUUGAUUGCAAUUUGAGGGACCUGCCUGCCAACCCAGGCCGAAAGUCCAGAGAAUUUAAUUUGCUAGCACUAUAUUUUACCCUGUAAUGUUCUACGACAUUCUAUAUAUAUAUAUAUAUAUAUAUUUUUUUUUAAAUAUACAUUAAAGUGGCUCGUUAGUCACCAGAAUAACUACAGCUUAAUGUAGUUGUUAUGGUAUUUAUGCCUGUCCCUGUAGGUUUUUUAAUGUAAAUACUGCCUUUCCAAAGUAAAGGCAGAUGUUCAUAUUGCUGCCUAGUAACACCUUUAGUGGCAGUCACUCAGACGGCCCCUAGAAGUGCUUCCUGGGUCAGUGCAGCACACUAUGUAGCAGUGACGUUCACCGUCUCCACGCUCUGCAUGGAGGCACUGAAACUCCUCAUAGAGAUGCAUUGAUUUAGUGCAGCACUGUGAGGAGAUGCUGGUUGGUGCAGCGUGGCAUUUUGCUGUGCAUGCGCUUUAGCCUCCCAGUACUCUUAUAUGGGAAAGCAUUGUAAAUUUGAUGAUCUAAGCCAAGGAGCCAGCAGCAGCAAAACCAAAAGGUGCUGGGGAAAAAAAGGUCAGUAAAACAUAUUUUUACUGCAGGGAGAGUGGGGUGGUAAUCUGAACGGCGUUCUUAGAGUUAUAAUGGCAGGAAUACAUGUUUGUAUUCCUGACAUUAUAGUGUUCCUUUAAAUAACAAAUUUAAAUUUGUGGCAAAUAAAUGUGCAUACAACUUUUAAAUGAAUACAUGGAAAAUGCACGUUUCCAAUCAAGGUCGUAGUAAAUUAAUUGCUGUGUCCUAUAUGGAAUAUAAACAUAUUUAUUUAUUAUUGGCAUUUAUAAAGCAGGCUAGCCAUUUGUUAUAAACAACCAAAAUUCUAUCAGCCAGAUUAUUAACUACAUGUUACAUCAAGUACAAAAGAUUACAGUAGUAAACUAUAUGUAACAAUGGCAGUAUCUUUAUAGUAAAGUAAUAAUCUAGUAACUAAAUUAAAGAAAUCUGGUUGAAUAUCUUCUCCAUCUCUGUCCGUGCCUUAUAGUUGCAGGACCAUAUGAGCUGCACCACCAUGGUUAGCUUAGCCAGAAAGCUUUUGGCCCUCUGUGAGUCAGGAAGCAGUCAAAACAUUAUAUAUAGAAUGGUUUGACUACUUGCGUUGGAGGGGGGAGUCAGAGGGAUCGGUAGUGCCAGGAAUACAGCUUUGUUUUCCUGGCACUACAGUAUCCAUUUAAAGAGCAUUGAAUUCAAUCUCUACAUUGUGCUAGCACUUUUAUCAGCAAAUGUGUAGAUUGAGAUAAAAAAACUAUUUAUAAAUGUCUUUCUCUGACCUGUCAAUCAGUUAUUUGGCAUGGACUGUAUGCUGAAGAUUUGAUUUAUAAGUGAGAGCAGAAGAGACUGCCCAUGGGCGUAGCAACCACAGUGCAUGCAUGGUGGUUGCUAUGGUAACUCCCUAGCAGAUGCUACUAACCCUGGCUAGGGAGUAUAGGAACAGUUACUGACAUCACUCGAUUCAGAUGCUGGCAAUGCCACCAUGUCAGCGUGGAAGCGUCCCCCAUGCAGGAUAAGUCAAUGAAGAUACUGGCGAGGGCGGACAGGAGGUGGGUAUUACAGAAAUUUUACACCUGUCUCCGUAAGGACAAUGCAGCGCGGACGGGGAGGGUGAGGUGAGUGAGUCAUGACAGGUUCCCUUUAAGCAUAGUGCUUUUGUAAUCAACAAAUUAUUGUAUUCUCCACACUGCUAGUCACUCUACUGCAAAUUCUUUACGGUUCCACCUAUCCUUCUUGAGUUCUUCUGUCUUAAUGCUUACCUGCGUUGGUUAUUUGUUGGCUUUGGCUUCCUUUUUGGUCCUAUCUCCCCAACCUGUCUUACACAUAAUGCCCUUUAACAAUUCUACAAACAAAGGUUGUGACUACACUGAAACAAUAUGUAUAAACUCCCAUAGAUACAGCUAUCAGGGCAUUGGUGAAGCUCUAUUGCAUAGUCUCAAUGCCCUGAGUUUACUUUAUGUGGCACAAGGCAGUUUAAUGAUCAGCUUGCUCUGUACAUUCUGGCGACUUGGUCUCCAGUGUCCCCAUAUGUGGGGCAGCAGGUAACAAACCGGUACUGUUGGGAGGUAUACAUAUGUGUCGUUUGAUACUUUUUAUUUUUAUUUUUUUACUUAUCCAUGCUUGGCAAUGGCUUAUUCCAGGCGUUUUGCACUUGAUUACUUGUCAUAUUCCAUACACCACAGGUAAAUUGUAUUUGUUCGUGUCUCUCUGUAUUUCAACAUUACAACUAUGCCAUUUGGUGAAUAAGCCAAACUCAUCAGCGAUUGGAGUUUGCAAGCAAUCAUGAAAAAAUAUUAUUUAUAUUUUAGGUGGUCUUGCUGAGGAGGUGGAUGAGAAAAUUUUGCAUGCAGCUUUUAUCCCUUUUGGAGAUAUCACAGACAUUCAGAUACCACUUGAUUAUGAAACUGGUAAGAUAAUGCAGUCUUUCUAAUUUUCCCAAUUUAUGUAUUCACUCUUAGUAUCAGCCCACAUAUAAUAUCAUCACUAAUUUAAAAACUUUUGACUGUUUUGUUCCCUUAAAUGGUUUGAUAUGCUGAAAGGUAGAAUGCUCCUAGGAAAUGUGCUCUGAAAACAGCGAGAUUGCAGUUACAGUAUGAAGUGUCAAUACUGUAAAGGGAAAAUUCAAAAAAUAUACUAGGCUCCAGUGGAUAGGUCAGUCUAGGCAGCUCACUCUCUGAAAUGGUUGCUAUUGUGAAAGGGCCAGCUGGGAAUAUAAAUAAACAGUAAGUAAAACAUUUUAACUAUAGGGCACAAUAAGCUAUGAACCUCUACUGUGGUGGAGGACCACUGAUGUCAACUUAGUUAACACUUCCCUUGGAGUGGGAUGUUUGAAUCCAAUUUUAGAUGCGCCUGUCUUCCUUAUACAACUGACUUCAUGAAUGAGCUUGUCACAGUGAGAUGCACAGAGAUGCUAGUGACCCCAACAGGUUAUCCUGCAUGAUAGGAGUACUUUGGUGCCAUUCACCAGUAAGAGGGCAAGUCUUUUUACAAUGAUUUGCUAUCUUCCCUGGUCCUGCUGGGCACAGACUCCAAUAUAGGCAGGUUUAUGACAUCUGGCUUCUGCAGAGCUGCAGAAGCCGGAUGUUGAUCCAUCUGAUUAUUUAUUGGCUGAGAGCAUCAAUGAAUGAGAGUCUGUGCAUCAACGUUUGGAAACAAUUGACAUUAGCUGGCUCGUAACUCUUGUUCAGGGCUGGCUGCUAAUGCCCCCUACUGGAGGUGAAGUUGCAGCUCCAGCAGCAAAGGGGUUAAACUUGGUAUGUACAGCGUUUGACAGUAAACUCCUACACAUACAGGCAAAUUGGUCCAUGAUCUGUUUCAGAUAUCACUUAGUUUGAAAUUGUUAGAUUAAAAUAAAAAAGGACUUACAGUAUAUACUCGAGUAUAAGUCUAGUUUUUCAGCACAUUUUUUGUGCUUAAAAACCCCCACUCGACUUAUACUCGAGUCACUGUCUGUAUUAUGGCAACUUAGAGAGCCGCGGCCGUCAGAGCCAUGGCAACGAUCCGCGCGGCAACCAGACCGCGAGACUUACAGUGGAGCUGACCGGAACGGAGGAGAAGGGAGCUGACAGGAGCUGCAGGAAAGGUAAGUAAAUGCUUCCUGCUGGCCCCCCCCCACUUCACAGCCCAUGCCACUGGACCACCAGGGAUUAAGAUAGCCCCCCUCCCUGACCAGUUAACAAGCAGGGAGUGGGGGACAAAAAUUUUUUUUUAAAAAAAAUAUUAAAAUAAAAUAAAAAUUUAAAUAAUAAAAAUGCCCUCCCCCCACCCAGUUCACACACACUACACAAACGCACACUCUGCAUUAUAUACACAGAGUGUGUGUUUGUAUGAGUGUGUGUGUGUAUAUAAUGCAAAGUGUGUGUUUGUAUAAGUGUGUGUGUAUAUAUAAUGCAGAGUGAGUGUUUGUAUGAGUGUGUGUGUAUAUAAUUAUAAAAAUCACAGAAUUUCAUAGCCCCAAGUUUUACCCUCGACUUAUCCACGAGGCAUAGCAUAUUUCACAAUUGUUGGUCACAAAACUGCACUCGACUUAUACAUGAGAUCGACUUAUACACGAGUAUAUACGGUAUACCAGCAGACUUUGAAUAAAGAAAGAAACAAUCGUUAAUAAAAUUGUCAAGUGUUUGUUAUAGCAAUAAUAAUAGCCAGGCCCAGCUGUCAUGUAAUUUACUUGGAGUUGGAUUUCCUUAUUAUUAGUAUGAUUGGGAUUUGGUUUUACUGCACCACAAUGUGUUUUCUUCCCUUGUAAACAGAUCCAUAUGUAUUCUGAGGAUUUAUUUUACAAUAGUACAUGUUAUUGUACUUUUCAUGAUUUGUUUAACUUGUUAUAUACUGAUUGACAAUGCAUGUUAUUUAGUGUUUUCUUUUUUUUUUUUUUUAAAUAGAGAAACACAGAGGAUUUGCUUUUGUGGAAUUUGAAAUCCCAGAGGUAAGCUAUUCCUCUGAUAUUCUCAGGUUGCAGAUAUAUUCUUUUAUAAAAGUUACAUUCAGAAACUAUACUUUUUGAUUAUUCUACAGUUUGUACUCCGUCCUGUUAGCAUCAUUAAUAUAAAGUUACACAUGCACAGCAGGCUCCCUGAUGUGUAACAUCUUAACAGGUGGCAGAGAUGUCACUGCGGUUGAUGUAAAGGAUGCUGUUGAUUAAGCUGGUUGAUCUAGAACGGUCAACGGUUUGAUUAUACAUAAUUGUUUGCACCAUGUUAGUAACAUACAUUGACUUGGUUAUGGUAUUAAAAUACAUUUUCAGAAUUCUAAGAAAUCUAUUUAUCCAGAUGUUUAAUAUAACUCCAUUUGUAAUUUGAUUUUUUUUUUUUUUUCUUCUAGGAUGCUGCUGCUGCUAUUGAUAACAUGGUAUGUCUAAUUUGCCAAAUCAUGCUGCUCCUUCUUUACAUUAUUGUGUGAUUGUUGUGAAAGUCAUUAUAAUCAUACUUAUAAAAUACUUUAAUUUGAGUUUUUUGUCUGAAUAUAAUGUAAUGAUUAGUAUGUAUUGGUUAUUGUGGAUGAACGUACAUUAUAUUUUUUUUAUUUCAUAGAAUGAGUCAGAAUUGUUUGGAAGAACGAUACGUGUCAAUCUGGCUAAACCCAUGAGGUUAAAAGAAGGGUCUUCCAAAGCUGGUAAGUGCUAAUUACACCAAACACUGUAUAUAUAAUUGUCAUGUAAAGACUGUUCAUGUCCAGUAAACCACAGGCUUUGUAAAUACCCAACAAAUAUGCAAAAGUAUAAAUAUGUUGUGAAUGGUGGUGGGGUGCAACUCGGUAUUACAUCUGCAAACUUCUAAAUGAAGAAAUAUCACAAAACAGAAUCUCAAGGUGGCUUCACCACCAUGUAAAAAUGUAUAAUUUAAAAAUGUUAAUUUAAAACAAGAGUUAAUUUGGCAGUUACCCUUUACAAGUAAUUUGCCAUUACGCUGGUCAUCUAUACAAACACUUUACACAUAAAGUCCCCUGCGUGCAAAGUUGGCUUCUAUUGGCUGUAGUGCAAUUGGUUGUGGCUGUAUUUUACUUACAGUCUCUCCUACUUUGAGCAGUCUAUUUCUGGUUGGUAAUGCAUGGUGUAGGACAAGCUCUUGCUGCAGGCUUUUGCUACAGCACAACUAAAAUCCUGCAUAUUAAGAAAGGUACAUUAUCAAUCACAAAAUCCAUUGGGUUUACAUUCACAACAGUGACCGUUCAUCUUGGGCUUCAAUUUGUGUGCAAGCAGUUUCAUUUUCUUUCUUGUUACUGACCUGUGACUGGAUACCCUCACAAUUUCUUUGCAUUUUUUCACUGAAAACUUCAAAGACAACUGCAUAAUGGUUAAAGCACCACUAUAGGCACCCAGACCACUUCAGCUCAAUGAAGUGGUCUGGGUGCCAGGUCCAUCUAGGAUUAACCCUUUCUGCUGUAAACAUAGCAGUUUCAGAGAAACUGCUAUGUUUACAAAUGGGUUAAUCUCAUUGACAGCCGCUAGAGGCGCUUCCGCGCUUCUCACUGUGAGGGAGCCCGGCACUGGGAAAAAAGGUAAGGGAUUAACCCCUUCCUCUCCAUUCAGCCUGGCGGGAGUGGGACCCCGAGGGUGGGGGCACCCUCAGGGCACUAUGGUGCCAGCAAAACGAGUAUGUUUUCCUGGCACUAUAGUGGUCCUUUAAUAAUGAAUAUACAACUGAAAUCGAAUUUCCCUUUUUUACAAGCAGAUUUCUGGUUGUGGCUGGAUUGCUUUUUUUUAAUUGUCUUUCAUGCCUUGGGUAGAAAAUAAUCAAUAUUCCUGUCAUCCGGUUAGUUUGGUCUGAUGAUGACUGGCUAAAGAAGUUCUCUGGAAAAACAUUGGAAGAAAAUCAAGAAGGGGAAGUAACAGAUGCAUCCAAAACAGAAAUUAAAGAGGUACCAUUGACUUUCUAAAGAGAACUACAUUUCAUGCACACAGUUUUUUUUGUUUUUUUUUAAUGAAAGACAAAUUAUAUAAGCUUUUAUGUUUGUGUGUGCCAUGAAUAAAUGUCAAAUUAACUUUAAAUUGAAUUUUAUAUUUCUGAUUUACGGUACAUUUACCCCAUAUGAAAGUAUGCACAUACGCAUUAACACAUCAUAUUCCAUUUACAAUUUAGUUCUUUCCCAUCUCAUUCUUAAACUGCUGUACACCCUUUGGUUGAUCUUGGGAUUAUUUUUACGUAAUGACUAAUAGUAAAUAUUUACUCACUGUUCAGAUGAUAUUAUUUAACGAAUAAAAAUAGAGAAAUAGAAUCUUCUUUGCGCACUUUACUGUAGGCAGCUUCUAAGCAGCUUCUAAGCUAUAAAACACACCUGGAAGUGUAUGUACAAAUUUAAUUAAAAGCCAUACAGAGCCAAACCAUUUUAGGAAGAAAUAUAACCUUGUGUGCCUGUGAUAUAUUAUACUGUUCUAUACAUCGUAUAUUAGCUUGUGUUUUACUUCAGUUCCAGAAGCCAUAGUGUUUUUGGCUGAACUGAACUGAACUUUGAACUAUAAUAAAUUUGUCUCAAUGAUUGAAUUUGAAUUGAUUUGAAUUUUGUAAAUGUUUGAAUUUUUUCAGGGAGAACCACCUGCAAAAAAAGUACGUGCAAACCCGCAAGUUUACAUGGAUGUUAAGAUAGGGAACAAACCUGCUGGUCGCAUUCGAUUCUUGCUUCGAGCUGAUAUUGUGCCGAUGACAGCAGGUAUGUGCAUAAUUCACUUGUACGCUGCAUUGGGUGAAGUUGCCUGAACACAUUCAGUGUGAUAACGAGCGGUAUUUUACGAGUGUAUGUCUGAUCUUGUGGGGAGUGUUUUGUGUUCAGUACAAGGUUUUUUUUUUUUUCUCUUCAUUACUGUUAGUGUUAAAUAUAUCAAAGUACUGAAGCAAUAACAUUGGAACACUUUAGGCAAGUCCUCUUCUCUGGAUAUGUCCUAUUUGCAAGUAAGCAAAAGGGUUGACAAAGUGAUUCCAUUAGACAUCAGGAAAGUAAAGAUUUAAAAAUAUCCAUGAUCGGGUCUUUUCUAUGAAUAGCUGGUGUCUGUCAGUAGCACACAUAGCAUUCUGCAGACAGACGGCAAAUGGAGAGAUUACACACCUCCUCAGUCUGUCCUCAUUGUCAUCCCUUCCUCUCCAGUGGGAGGGAAUUAUGUCACCGGAGGAGGAUUGGGCUGGCAACUUGUCCUCCCUUUGGAAUGGAGGUACAUUUUAGCUUGAUUCCUCUUAUGUUAGGAAUAAAUUUAUGUAUUCCUAGUGCUAUAGUGUCCCUCUACCUUCCUUCUCUGUUCUGCUCCCUCCCUGGCUGACGUUAUCAAGAUUGAUGAUCUCAGCCAAUACAAUGCUUGUCCAUAGAGAAGCACUUGGAAAUGUACAGAACAAACACUGUGCUGCACCAGUCAAAUGCUUUUCCAUGAGAUUCAAUGAUAACAUUGGCGUUCCUGAAGAGUUGCAGGGUUUAAAAGACAUACAAAGCACCCAGACUAUUUCAUUGGGAUGGAACAAUCAAGGUGCCUAUAGAUUCCCUUUAUUGAUCAGUUGUAACUAAUAAAGCUACCACUAAACUGAAUUGUAGCAAAACUAAAUAUGAAUGGCUAAACUGUAACUAACUCUUGUAGCCUAAGGUUUGCCAUUUAAAAUUUCAAUUUGCUACAAUUUGGAAUCUAAUCUCAAAGAGCAGGAAUAAAAAUUGGGGUUUGUCUCACAUUUGGCACUGGUUUUUAAUACACUUUUAAAAUUAUUUAUUCAAAAUGUUUAUAUAUAUAAAAAAUUAUAUUCACACACACAAUAUAUUACAUUUACAUUUUUUUUAACGCUUACUCAUUGAGGCCCACGUCUGGAGAGGUACUUUUUUGUCUGUUACUUACUAUUUAUUUGUUAUAAAAAAAUUCCUUAGUGAUGCUAAUCUGUAAACAACUAUUUUAAGCAGUUUGAUUACCUGUAAAAUAAUUGGAAUAUAUUGCAAAUUUCAUGUCCUUGUUUUAGGCUUAAGGGAUUUAUAUGCUAAAAAGCAGUUGUUGGAAAUUGACAGUUGCAUAUUUUAAGCCAAAAUAGUUGUGCUGUAAAAUGCUCUUCUGCAUUUUUGUUUAAAAUUUGCAAUUCCAUGAAUCCUUAUUUCCCAAUACUACCAUGUUAUUUUAAUAAAUGCCAAAUUUGUCAAUUAUUCAAUAAGAGGACCUAAAAAUGAUAUCCUUCAAGAUACACAAUUAUUAGGACAUUUCUCUGCUGUCCAGAGAACUGAUGACAUAUGUAAAUGCUGAUAAUUCUACUUCCUGUCCAUAGAAAACUUCCGCUGCUUGUGCACCCAUGAAAAGGGAUUUGGCUUCAAGGGCAGUAGUUUCCACAGAGUCAUUCCGCAGUUCAUGUGCCAGGCAGGAGAUUUUACCAAUCACAAUGGUACAGGAGGGAAAUCUAUAUAUGGAUCCAAGUUUGAAGAUGAAAACUUUAUUUUGAAACACACAGGUCCAGGUAUGUAGUCGCUCCUGAUACGAGACUAUGAGACAAUCCUUUUGUUUUGGUCUCCCUGCAGCUUUGUUUCUUGAAAUAUUUCUGCUCAAUAUAAAAGUCAUAUGCUAAAUUUCAGUAGUCUAGGAUUUCCCAGAAGUACAUUUUUACAUUUUAAAACACUAGAGGCAUCCAAACCACUUCAUCUCACUGAAGUGGUCAAAAUGCACGGUCUCUGUCUCCUUAACCCUUCAGCUGAAAACAUUGCAGUUUUAGAAAAAGAUACUUUAGAGGUGAAAAUAGAAACUUAUUCCUGAUGUAUGCAGAAAAGAUUAGUUUAACAAAAAUGAGGAAGCAUUAGCCUGAGCAGCAUUGGGAUGUGGCUGAGAGUGUCAUCUGACUGCUUUCCACCAAUAACUGUUCCCAUUGCUGUUAUGAAUUGAUAUGGCUUGAAGGAAAUGUAUAAUCUAUGCCCUAGCCAUACUUCCAGUAGGGGCCUGGCUGUGAAAGGCAGGAUCCAUUCACUCCAUGUUAAAUUGCUUGAAAAUGAGUUAACACUGAAUAGAAGGACAGUGCCAGGGGACUACAGGCACAAUAACAAAUUCAGCAAGAUGAAAUGGUUAUAGCGCCUAUUGUGCACUUCAAUAUGUUUUAUGCCUAAACGAUUCAUAGACUGCACUGUAACCAUAAUAGUAAGCUGAAGUGUUUAUAAUGCUUAGAGUAGUCCUUUAAUCAAAGUUCCACAUAAAAAUACACAAUGAUUUGGAUAAAUUGAGGGACUGGACAGGCAGGUGGCAGAGGAAAUUCAAUGCAGAUAAAUACAGUCAUGUAUUUUGGGGGAAAAAAACCACAAACAUCUUAUACAUUAAAUGGGGUUGAAUUAAGUAUAACAUUAAAUGAAAAGGACUUGGGAGCUAAGUAACAGUAUGCAAUGCCAGUCUGCUUUUGCAAAUUUUAGUAAGGUUCUUUCAUUAAGAAGUGGUAUUCACGUGAUCAAGAUCAAAUGUUGCCUCUUUACAAAUCAAUGGUAAAACCCCAGCUUAAAUAUGAGGUGCACCUUAAAGGCACAGAAACGCAAAGGAUUUGAGCCAUCACAUUAGGCUCUAGUAUAUGUGAGUGCACCAUCUCACGUUUUAUAUACAUGUAAGGUGUUGUAAAUACCGUAUUACAUUAUAUUGGUUUAUCGGUUUUGUAUAUAUUGACAAAGUUGUUAGAAAACCCUACAAGCUAUUGGGUAAGUAAUAGAAAGCACUACUCCAUUAUACACUUUUUACAUUAUAUGAAAUAUGAAUUGCUAAAAUCUUCAUGAGAUUGUGACUAAGAUUUUACUUUCCACCAGGAUUGUUGUCAAUGGCAAAUUCUGGAACCAACACCAAUGGCUCUCAGUUCUUUAUCACUUGUGACAAGACAGACUGGCUUGAUGGGAAACAUGUGGUAUUUGGAGAAGUGAUGGAAGGAAUGGAUGUGGUGCAGCUAAUAGAGGUGAGUAUUACUGUUGUACUCAUAUUUGCUAACCAAAAUUACAUCUAGUACGAUAGUUACAUCUGUCUGUGUUGCUCUAUUGAACUCCUUUCCUUUGUUAUUUAAAGAUUGCAAUUCGCACUGUCAUUUCAUAUGCAAUCAUUUUUAACUUGUUUCUUGUUAUUCCUAGGUGAAUGAUAUAAAUUUUUUUUUUUUUUUAGAUUUGGAUACAAAUCCCAUUCAGCUAAGCUGAGCAAAUCAAAUGUUUAAUUGUGGGUGAAUGAAUCAAUUCUUUCGUACACUGAUUAACAGGCAUUUGUUAUGUUGAGCACAGCUAAUUGGGAUUUGUGCAUAUGUCUACUUUUUUUUUUGGCUAUAAAAACGCUUUCCUUUUCCUUUUAACCCCUUAACGCUGUUACGGCGUUCUAUGCCGUCCCGCAUUAAGUGGGCUUUAAAGCCGUUGCGGCGGCAUAGAACGCCUUAACGGCUUUGAGCCUUGGAGAGCCCGGGAUACUUACCUACCCGGCGCUCUGCUUCAGGAGGACUGCCUCACAGCCCAGGCAGCCCUCCAACGGCAAAAGAAGCCCCCGGGGGCCAUGUGAUCGCUCUCAAAGAGCAAUCACAUGGCCCCCUAUAGCUGGCUGUGGAUCUGCCAGCAGGGGGACUGUUUGAAAUGUCAAAGUCCCCCUGCUGGUGGGAAAGUAAAAAUUAUUAGACAUGUUAUAAAAUUAUAUAUAUAUAUAUAUGUGUGUAUAUAUGUAACGUCAUACAUAGUGUAUUUUAAUAUAAGCACAUAUUAGUAUUAAAAUACACUUAGAAUGACGAUAUAUAUGUAAUUACAAUAAUAUUAAUAAAUAAAAUUUAAUAUAAAUUAUAUAUUCAUGUGUAAUUUCAUUCUAACUGUAUUUUGUUAAUAUAUAUAUAUGUGUGUAACAAAAUACACUUAGAAUGACAUUAUAUAUAUAUAUAUAUAUAUAUAUAUAUAUAUAUAUUACAUUAGUAUACACGUAGAAUUUAAAUACCUAUAAAUGCAUAUAUAUUAAAAUUCUACGUGUAUAUUUAAGUAAUCUUUUAGCAUAAUUAUGUGAUUUAAAUAAUUAAAAUUUGAUUGACAUGCCUGACAACACAGGGAGAAAGUGCAGAGAAUUUAAUUCGCAAGCACUAUAUUUGACCCUGCAACUCUCCAAGACACUAAAAAACCUGUACAUAGGGGGGUACUGUUUUACUCUGGAGACUUCGCUGAACUCAAAUAUUAGUGUUUCAAACUGGUAAAUUGUAUUACAACGAUGAUAUUUUAAGUAAAAGUGAGGUUUUUUGCUUUUUUUUUUUUUUUACAAAUGAACUGCACUUUUAUGGACUAUAUUAUUGUUAUAUGUUUUACUGUUUUGAAACACUAAUAUGUGUUUAGUGAAGUCUCCCGAGAAUAACAGUACCCCCCAUGUACAGGUUUUAUGGUGUUUUGGAAAGUUAGAGAGUCACAUGUAAGGCUUGCAUUUCAUUUUUUUGACAUUGAAAUUUGCCAGAUUGGUUAUGUUGCCUUUGAGAACGUAAGGUAGCCCAGGAAUGAGAAUUACCCCCAUGAUGGCAUACCAUUUGCAAAAGAAGACAACCCAAGCUAUUGCAAGUGGGGUAUGUCCAGGCUUUCUGAGUAGCCACUUAGUCACAAACACUGGCCAAAUAUUAGUUAUUUGCUUUUUUCACACAAAUACAAAUAUGAACGCUAACUUUGGCCAGUGUUUGUGACUAAGUGGCUACUAAAAAAGACUGGACAUAACCCAAGGUAUUGAAAGUGGGGUGUCUACUUUUUCAAAUGGUAUGCCAUUAUGGGGGUAAUUCUCAUUCCUGGGCUACCACACCGUUUCAAAGGUAACAUUACUAAUCUGGCAAAUUUCAGUUUGAAAAUGGAACGUUCCAAAACACCAUUAAACCUGUUAAUGGGGGUACUGUUGUACUCGUGAGACAUCGCUGAUUACAAAUAUGUGCAUUUUUUUGCAGUAAAACCUAACAGUAUUAUGACAUUCACAGCUAAAAUGUCAGACGGAAAUACAAAUUUAAAAAAAGAAAGUCGUCUUUUCUCAAUUUUUUUAAAAUUUUUUAUUCAUAAUAAAUUAUGUUCCAUAUAUGAAUAGUUAAUGAUAAAUUAAAGCCCUGUUUCCCCUGAACAAAAAGAUAUAUAAUGUGUGGGUGCACUUAAUGUGACAGCGGUGAAUUACGGUUGAACAGACAUAUAGCGCAAAUUCCAGUUUUUGUUUACGUUUUGUUUUGAAACGUGCACUAUUGACUCCGUCCUGAAGGGGUUAAACUCUGUCUCUUUUGGCAGGAGGUUAUCUUUUUAAUGUAUGCAUGUUUACCAUUAAUAUCACGUAGAAUUGAUAAAUAAGACACCAGUUUGUGAAGUCUCAGUACAAAUGUUCUGGUUGAAAGAGAAAGUGCACUUUACAAAAAAUGUUUUUGUUUCUAAUGUUUAUUUAUAAUUUCUGUUUUAUUUCCAGGCUCAGGGUAGCAAGGAUGGGAAACCUAAACAAAAAGUGAUCAUCUCGGACUGUGGGGAAUAUGUGUGAUGUUUGGUCUUUUUGGUUGUAUGAUGUAAUUAUUAUAUUCAAAAAUAUUUUGUAAAUUUUCUUUUGAUAAAUAAAACCUCUCAUUUUUUUG